AUGUCUUCCAAGGUGGAAGUGGAAAAGCGUAAAGCUACAGAACCCAUAUCACCACCACCAACGAAGCGAUCGCUCGCAAGUGGAACAACUAAGAGCGCGAUAUCCAAUUUCUUUACGCCAACCUCGCAAAAACCGAAAGAUCGAACAUCAUGGUCCGAACGCAAAGACGACCCCACCAAGCCGGCGACGCUGCUUGUCGGCAAAUACACACCAGAUGGAGAGAGCAAGGAGACACAAAAACGGCGGAAAAUUGCGGCUUUUGAUCUGGACUCUACCUUGAUUGACACGAGCUCUGGAAGAAAGCAUGCCAAAGACGCCUCGGACUGGCGGUGGUGGGAUGCGCAAGUACCCGGGAAGUUAAAGGAGCUCUACGAGGACGGCUAUCAGGUGGCCAUUUUGUCAAACCAGGGUGGUAUUACGCUGCACGCUGAUCCCAAGCAAAAGUCUGCGCCCAAGAAUCCCUCGAAGCGAUUAGACGAGUUCAAGGAGAAGGGGUCAUCCAUAUUGCGAUUCCUUGACUUGCCCAUUACGGUAUAUGCGGCCACGGCAAAGGAUAACUUUAGAAAGCCUCGGAGGGGCAUGUGGGACGAAAUUCUUCGUGAUAUGGGAGUGGAAGCCAAGGAUAUUGACCUGGAACAGAGCUUCUUUGUGGGAGAUGCUGGGGGUCGCGGAGCCACCGUAGUCAACGGCGCGGCGAUUGUCAAGGACUUUAGCUGCUCGGAUCGAAACCUCGCCCACAAUGUUGGCGUCUCGUUCAAGACGCCAGAGGAAUACUUCCUGGGACAAGAGCCGCGCAAGUGGGAGCGCGACCUGGACCUGGUCCACUACCCUCUACCGAGCGAGGACGGCGAGGCCACGGCGUUCACGAAGAAGAAUGCCCAGGAAAUGGUGAUAUUUUGCGGGCGACCUGGGGCGGGAAAGAGUACCUUUUACUGGAAGUUCCUGGAGCCCCUGGGCUACGAGCGCGUAAACCAGGAUACUCUCAAGACGAGGGAGAAAUGUAUCCAGGUCGCCAAGGCACAUCUCGAAGACGGGCGCUCAGUUGCAGUGGAUAAUACGAAUGCCGACCCGAGCACGCGCAAACUCUGGAUCGACCUGGCCCAAUCACUCAAGGUGCCGAUCCGCUGCGUGUCGUUGUCGACGCCGGCGGCCGUGUGCCGCCACAAUGACGCCGUCCGGUCGCUGAACAAGUCGCUGAACCCAGAGGAGAGAGAGGUCCUGCCGGAGAUUGCAUUUACCGGGUUUCAGAGUCGAUACAAGCCACCGCAGGAGAGUGAGGGAUUUGAAGACAUAACGGAGGUCGAGUUCAGGUUCCGGGGUACCAAGGAGGACUAUGCGAUUUGGGGAAGGUAUUGGCUGUGA